AUGUCGACCGAGAAAGAAUACGGUCUUAUAGGUCCAUUCAAGUCAAUACCGAAGGAACAAAUAUACUGCACUCACAUACAUGACAAAAAUCCUUUUGGGGUAUUCAUCAACGGAGAAAGCCCUCAUGAAUCGUCUUUUUCACUUCUGUUAUUAGAGCUCUCGCUAGUCCUCGUCGUUACCCACGUUAUUCGUCACCUUCUCAAACCUCUCAAACAACCUCGCGUUAUCUCUGAGAUACUCGGAGGCAUAGUUGUUGGACCAUCGUGCUUAGGCCGAAGCAAGAAGUUCAUGAAUUGGAUGUUCCCAGGCCAAUCUGCAUUCAUAUUUAGGAAUCUUGGUUCAUUUGCUUUCAUGUAUUUCAUGUUCUUGUCUGGGGUGAAGAUGGACCUCCUCACAAUAAAAAGAGCAACAAAAAAACAAUGGCAUAUCGCAAUAUUUGGCAUGGUUAUACCUGUAGGAGCAACGCUGGCAGUUGCAUUGCUUGUCAGAAAUUCUUUAGAAGGUGAAAUGAAGAAAAUUUCUUCCAUUUGGGGAGUCGGUGCAUCUCUAGCCAUAACAUCCUUCCCUGUUCUCCACAGUAUUAUUCGAGAACUCAACCUUUUGAGCUCUGAUAUAGGACGAAUGGCAUUAGCUACGGCUGUUAUUGGAGACGUGGUUGGAAUCAAUGGAGUUGUCGCAUUUGAGGCUGCUAAACAAGGUGAAGGGCGACCAUUAGCCCCGAUUGGAUACAUAUUAUCAAUGAUCAUCAUGUCAAUAACUAUAUUUGGAGGAACUCGAAUGUUGAUGUUUUGGAUCAUUAAAGUGACACCAGAAGGCAAACCAGUCGAGCAAUUUUACAUAGUGUCAAUCUUGACAGGUGUUUUAGUUUCAGCAUUCUUAAGCGAUAUGCUUGGGGUCGCAUUGGUCAAUGGUCCGUUUUGGUUGGGGUUGGCGGUACCUGAUGGUCCGCCUUUAGGAGCCACUUUGGUCCAAAAAUGUGAGUCGUUUAUUUCAGAGAUUUUGAUGCCAUUUGCGUAUGCAAAUGUGGGCUUGAUGACAGAUGUGUUUGCCAUGACUGCUCAUUGGUCAAAAUUGCAGCCUUUGUUUCUUGUUGCAUUGACGGGAUAUUUGACUAAACUUGUGUCAACAUUGUUCAUCACUCGUUUCUUUGAGAUUCCCUUAAGAGAUGGGAUCACCUUGAGCUUGAUAAUGGGACUGAGAGGUGAAGUCGAGCUCUUGUUGUUUAUACACUGGCUGGACUUCCAGAUGAUCGGAAUUCCGCAGUUUACGAUGUUUGUACUCUUGACCAUGGUUAUAACUGGGGUAGCAACACCCUUGAUCAGCAUAGCUUAUAAUCCGAAUCGGCCCUACAUGAUUAAUAAACGACGAAACAUCCAACACACUCCGCCGAACACGGAACUCCGCAUCCUCGUUUGCUUCCUCGAAGAAGAAAGCGUUCCUGGAUUAACCUAUCUCCUAGAUGCUUUUAACCCAACAGUACAUAGUCCUUUCAUGGUUUAUGCGCUUCACCUUGUCGAGCUCGUGGGCCGAGCUGCUCCGGUGUUCAUUAAUCAUUCCGAGGAAGAUAACGACCAUCAUGAAAAGAGCGAUAUGGAUGACACUGGAACCACACAUAAAGCCUUUCAUGGUAUCCAAGAAACCAGAAGUGAUGUUAUUAAGAUUCACUCAUUUACAUCUGUGGCACCUAAUAGAAGCAUGUACCAAGAUGUUUGUGAACUUGCUUUGGAUAAGAAAUCCUCGUUGAUAAUAUUACCUUUUAAUACAUCUCCAUUAAGAGGCUUGGCUGGGACCGAUAUGAUUCAAAACAAUGUGAGAUCAUUGAACUACACUGUGUUGGACCAUGCACCCUGCUCGGUGGCGGUUCUAGUCGAUAAAGGCGAUUUUAGAGCUUCGGUUGGGAACCUACGAGUUUCUGUGACCAACCUGCAGUACCAUUUUGCGAUGCUUUUUUUGGGUGGGUCAGAUGCAAGGGAAGCACUGGCGUGUGCGGAUAGGAUGGCUGGGAACCCGAAUGCUUCACUUACUGUCAUACGGUUUCUUGCAUAUAACGGUGAAGGAGAUGAUGAAAUGGAAAAGAAGCUUGAUGAUGGGUUGGUGACGGCUUUCUGGGUGAAAUAUGAGGGGAAUGAGCAAGUGGCGUAUCGGGAGGUCGUGGUAAGGAAUGGAGAAGAGACAGUGGCCGCUAUAAGAGCGAUGAACAGCGAGUAUUAUGAUCUUUGGAUUGUAGGGAGAAAGCUCGGAAUUAAUCCAGUUCUGAUUGAAGGUUUGUCAAGUUGGAGCGAAAGUCAGGAGUUAGGGGUGAUAGGUGACUAUGUGGCAUCGGUUGAUUUAGGAAGCUCGGCUUCGGUGUUGGUAGUGCAACAACAAGUUUUACGAGAUAAAGAGAGCAAAUCGGGUGGGUUACGAGGCCGAAUCUCAAGAUACUUUAGUGAUUGUGUAUGGUUUUGA